GUGAACAGUUGCAUCUGGCGCAAGUGCAAGUGUGAUAGUAAAGAAUACCAUUGUGGACCCCCUUAGGUAGUAAGAGUGUGUGGUUUGUGGGCAACAAGUUGAGCCGCCAAUUGCAGCAGCAACAUGCACAUGUACGAUCCGCCGACAAAAAAUAACUUUUCUUCCGUAGAAGAAUUCCAGGAGGCAUUCAACCUGUUCGAUAACCGUGGCGAUGGCAAGAUCCAGCAGCAGCAGAUUGGCGAGUGUCUGCGGGCGCUCGGCCAAAAUCCGACCGAGUCGGACGUGAAAAAGUUCACCAUGCAGCUGAAACCGGACGAACGGGUCUCGUUCGAGGUGUUUCUGCCGAUCUACCAGGCCAUCUCGAAGCAGCGCACCGCCGAGACGGCGGACGACUUCAUCGAGGGGUUGCGCCACUUCGACAAGGACGCGAGCGGUUUCAUUUCGUCUGCCGAGCUGCGGCACUUGCUGACGACGCUCGGAGAGAAGCUGGGUGACGAUGAGGUCGAACAGCUGCUCCAGAACCAGGAGGACUCGCAGGGUAACGUGAACUACGAAGAGUUCGUACGGAUGGUGAUGAGCGGUUAGAGAUGACAGCCGUUGGGCAGCCGGGCAUGUAGGAGCACAGCACAUUCAUUGCGGCAAAGAAAGCGGAAUUCGAGGCACAACCACGUGUCUGUGUCAUUUCCACCCGUUUCCAGCCACCCAGCGACCCCCUACUGGGCAGUGCGCCAACAAACCAAUUGACUUUAGCUAUAGAGGACAAGGAGAAUGGAGAAAGAAGCGGAAGGUUCGAGAGACAGGGCGGGUAACAUUUACUUAAACUACUUCAUUCCUUCGCACCUUACGAGGGCGCAUUUGUUUACUAAUCUGCACUUGUUCGUGAAUCGCUUCUGUACGAAAAUUCAUGAUAACGCGUUCACCCAUUGUAUUCCAACACGCAGCUGCUGCACACGGUAUCUAACAAUAUUCACGAAAACAAUGCCAGCAGGUCCCAUUUUUUCGUCGGAUUUCGCGUGAUAAACGAUUCGAGCACAAGUACGAUUGUGUGUGUGUUUUGGUACGGUCCAGCGCAAAGUAUUAAAUUUACUGUGACAAUAAGAGCGGUGAUUCUUGUGUUUGCAUUUUUUGUCUCGAUUAUUUUUGCCAUUAGGUUUAACAUCCUUUGCUUUGUCAAUUUUUUGCACACUGUAACCUGUAAUGCAAUUUCGUUUGGCUGAUUAAAUGUACACCAUAAAGAGAAAGAAAGGGUCCGUUGUUGGGAGAUGUAGUUUCGGAUCCCGAUUAAAGGGCGGUUGAAUACACAAUAAACACACUCCACCAUACGUUUUACA